UGUCUGGUACAUUUUAGAUUCUGUCUUUCAUUUUAAGCUUUCGCCCUUUGCUUCUUUAUACGUACUAAGUAUGUUAAUUGGAAAAUGGGAAAGACGUACAUAAAAGGAAAAUAAGGAAGCUCUCAAAAAUAUGCUUUUUUUACGUGAUAAUUUAAGAUUAAUCAUUAUUUGUGAUUGUGUUUAGGAUUUAUCAUUAAUAUUUUGUUAGGUAAUAGUUAUUAGUAUUGAUCAGUCGGUUUAUGAUGCUAGGAAAAGAUAUUUUGCUGAAUUAGCAAAUUAAGAACCAGUUAUUUUCUGUAUAACCUUUUUCUUUUUGGGAAACCCUUUUCUUUUAACAUGAGUACUACGUAUAUAAAAACCGUUCAUUAUAAGUAAAACUAUAUUCUAUAAAAGGAAAACAAAAUUGUACAUAGAAGCCCUCUGGUGUCAUGUAUAAAACCCUAACUGUAUCAGCAUAGGUAGUACUGCUAGAGCUAAAGUAUAAUGCAGUAUCCCUUCAUAACCAUUAGUCACCAUCACAAUCUCACUGUACUACCUCCACUAUCCCUAUCACCAUCACCUUCGCCUUCACCUUCACCUUCAACUGCUGCUGGGACCCGCAAAAUGGUGUUCCACACAGCAUUCUACUGGGGCAAAGCACAUCAGAUUCUGUUUCCUGGGUGGCCCGGUUCAAGCACUGCCUGUUUUUUUAGAACCGGAAUGCGAGCCGUCCGAGCUGGGAUGGCUUACAUGGUCAUAUUGGCGGUUACGUCUUACAAUGGUGGUAUUUUCUUAGCUGCCGUUGUUGGACAUACUACUGGGUAUUUGAUUUUUGGAAGUGGCCUUUGUUUAAAGUCUGAUAGGCGUUCGUCCUUGGAUUUUGGAAUUGGGCAUUCUAAAAUGUACGAGUAAUGCAUUUUUGCUCUUUUCAUUUGUGUUCAUUGCAAUGUUCCGGGGCUUUUCUCAGCUCUGUCUGUGGAUUAUUUACUUAUUUUGUGAAUUAGUGAUCAUAAAACACCAAAACUGUGAAUAAUUGGGAUUAAUCUGGAGGUAAAAUUGGCACUGUAACUCUCGAGGGAUAAUGAAAUCACGUUGAUACAAAUCGCGGUGCUAAAUCAUCAGAAUCAUUCAUACAGGUUUACCCUCAACCCCGAUCUUAAUUAUAGAAAUGCAUCACAUCGUAUGACAUAACAGUACACUAAUCAUAGUAGGAUAUCUCAUAUCUGUAAUAGCACAGUAUCAAAUCAGAGUUAUCCUUCAAAGCAUAAUCAGAUUACCCCAUUCAAUGAAUAUGAAUAUGAAUAUGAAUAUGAAUAUAUGAUGGGUACCUGUCCCAGAUUGCCCACUUCUUCUUGGAUUAUAUUUUCUCAAUAAACAACGUAGAGAAUCCGAUACUUUUUCUUCAAAUGAAAUAUUUAAAUGUAUUGGCUGAAAUUCUUUAUUCCUUAUGUUUGUUCCCAUGGAUUUCUCAUGAUAGAUAAAUAAAGUAGAAACACUGUGCUUUGGUCGAACAAUUGAAGAAGAAGGGUUUCUUCUAACCCACAGGGAACCCUCGGCCAAACCACUAACACUCGAUCAUGACUUCAUGAGUUUAAUAGAAAAGUAGAUAAGAUGGGAGAUAGUGGAGGAAGCUUUUUAUUGAAUUGUUUCUUUUUGGUGUUAGCACCCGGUUCACCCUUAGGACUAAUCCGGAUUCGGGGCGAGUUCUUGAUUGUGGAAAGAGAGAUGUAAUAAAAUAUUAGUGGGCCCAUUACAUAAAAGGAGGCAUUACAAUUAAAUGGAACGGACAUAAUAGAAAGUAUGACGAUUAAAUAGAGACAGAUGGAAUAGACUUAAAUAGCCACAUUUCAUGUACCUUUAGCAUAAACCCUAAAAGCAAAUUCCUUACAAGGUGCUGGUAGCUUCAACGCCAAGAACCUUGACGAUUUAUCUCAACUACCUCAGUAGUUACUACCUACAAAACUUGUUCUUAAGAAGUAAAAACAUCAAUUUUCAUUGUUCUCCCUUAUAUAUAUAUACCUCUGUAAACCUACUUGUCAUCAGUAAGCCAACUUACAUGCUCAAUCCGAUUCAUUUUCGAGAUCGAUCUCGAAGGAGAAUGCAAUCUAUGAUGCCAUAUCAUCAUGGCUUCUUUGGGCGACCUGUUGAAAUGUUCGACCCAUUCUCCCUCUACUUUCCGAAUGAUUUUCCCUUCGAUUUCCCAGCCUUUCGACCACCACCACCGCCUUUUAUGGUCCCACCACGGCCACUUCUACCAGAUAUGAGGAGACUGAUGCCUAGGACCAACAUCGAGUAUAAGGAGACUGCGGAAGCUCAUCACUUCAAGGCCGAGCUUCCGGGUGUCAGAGAAGAGGAUGUGACGGUGAACAUAGAUGAGGGUGGGAAGAUGAUCCACAUACGUGCCAAAUCAAAGCAUGGCAGGGAGGAAAACAAAGAGAGAUAUCAUCAUGUUGAGCAUGGUUGUGGGGAGUUUGCGAGUUCGUUCACGCUACCGCCCGAUGCAAAUCCUGAGCAUAUGAGGUGCUGUGUUGAUAAUGGUGUGCUUACCAUCGCCAUUCCUAAGCACCAGUCCUACUACCAGUAACCUGCCUUUGCUUGUACUAUCUUGUUGCAUGAAGUAUUAUGCUUGAAUAGUUGAAUGCUUAUCAACUUGUCAAGUAUUUCUGUUAGUACAAUGAUAGCCCCAUUAUAUGAUAAGUUAAUAAUAUUAAGCGCAUAUCACACCA